GGUACACAGGGUAAAAUAAAUCUAUAUUUUUUUGGAACUUGUGGAUUUGGUGCUUGCGAAGGUGGACCUGGUGCUUGUGAAGGUGGACCUGGUGCUUGCAAAGGUGGACCUGGUGCUUGUAAAGGUGGACUUGGUGUUUGCAAGUGUGGAUUUGGUACUUGCAAUGAAUUUGGCACUUGUAAAGAUGAAUUUUUUGCUUGUGAAAUAGUAGUAUG